AUGAGCAUAAAAGAAGUCGCUGUCAUUGGAGCUGGUGGGUUAUCAGGUCUAGCUGCUGUUUAUGAACUUCUUCAUACGGAUCAAGCUGGCAAUACGACAAUAGGAAAAGGUAAAGCUGAAACUCCAGCCUUCACUAAAAUCGUUGGGUUUGAGCAGAAACCUGAUGUUGGUGGUACAUGGAAUGUGGAAAACUAUGAAUCAGAUCCUCCAAUGCCACCUCAGGAGAUCUUGGACACGGGAAAGUAUAACGAUAUUAAAGUUAUACGACCAAAAAACAAACAUCAGCCAACCGUUCAAGAGCUUGAAAAUACAAGCGUUGAUAGCCCAAUCAUUAAAUCAAAAGAUUUAACUUAUUUACAGUGGAAAAGAAGUGCAAUUUAUCCACGAUUAUACACAAAUACACCUGAGUCGUAUUUACAAUAUUCAACAACCAAAACUUACAAAGAUGCUCAUAAGGAUCUCGAUCCAUUUGUUCCCCAUCAAUCAUUAUUCCAAAGGCUACAAGAUUUUUCAAAUGAAAAUAAGCUGAAAGAUUACAUUAGGUUCAAUACUGAAGUUGUCGAUGCUACGAAAGUUGGUGAUAAAUGGGUUCUUACUCUAAGAGCCUAUAAUGAGACUCAGGAUUUUUGGUAUCAAGAAUCAUUUGAUGGUGUUAUUGUGGCACAGGGUCUAUUUUCAGUACCAUUUAUCCCAUUCUAUAAAGGAUUGAGUGAAUAUGUGGCUAAAUAUCCAGGGUCAGUAAUGCAUUCCAAGGCAUAUAGAGAUCCCAAAACUUUUCAAGAUAAAAAGGUUGUUAUUGUUGGUUCAAAUAUUUCUGCGAUUGAUAUUGGCCAAUAUAUCUCACCAAUUGCUAAAGAAACUAUAAUCAGUCGAAAUUUGAAAAACGAACCAUACUUGCCUUAUAUGGCUCGUUCUAUAAAAUCAUUCCAAAAUGUCUCCAAGAUCAAAGAGUUUUUGCCUGAUACCAAACAGAUUCUUCUAGAAGACGGGGAAGUACUUAGUGAUGUUGAUAAUGUUAUUUUAUGUACAGGAUAUCAUGUUAAGUCCUUGGUAUUUGAUGAUAAUACAUUGGAAUUUUCUACACCAGUGGAUAAUGAUUGUCCAAGUUCAAACUCUAGGGUGAAAAAUAUUUAUCAACAUACGUUUAAUAUUAAAGAUCCUUCUGUUGCUUUUGUUGGAAGGUUAGUUAUUGCUUCCAUUUUCAAAGCUGCUGAAGCUGAAUCAGCAGCCAUUGCUGGUGUUUGGAGUGGUGCUUCAAAACUACCACCAGUUGAGGAGCAGUAUGCUUGGGAACAAGCCAGAGUUGAAGAAGCAGGUGAUUCUUUGUUCCAUAAAGAUGAUAUCUAUAGGAUAAAAGAAAAGUUUUUUGACGAGAUGAAACAAUUCUAUCCAAAGGGAAGGCCUGAUCCAAUUGGUCACGAUCUUGAUGAUAUAAAAAUUUAUGAAAGGGCUCUAGAAACUUUUGAAAGCUUGUUUAAUGAGUUCAAAGAAAAGAAGAAGGAUGUAUACUACAGCUUUACAGAAGUUUCAAGAUAA